AUGCGUUUUUUUGCUAUUCUAAUACUUGCUGUACUCGCAUGUUUUAGUGCUGGAGCACUUGUAGCACCAGAACUUGUCGCACCACAACUUGUACAAGUUCAUCGUGGUAAUUGUCCAAUGCAUGGAAUGAUCUGCAAUAUUUAUUGUCCACCUACUUCUCUCCUUACAAUGGUUCCAAGACAAGAAGAUGGUUGCACAAAAGAUAGUGAAUGUGCUACUGAUGAAAAAUGUUGUAAACCAUCUUGUGGAUGUACUCAUAGAUGCGCUAAAGCUACAACUACACCACAAUUUCCUCAAGGAAAAUAG